AUCAGCACAGCAACUCAUAUCAGCUGUUUCUCUUGACACAAUUGACAGCUGAGAAAAAACAUAUUUAGUUUUUCGGGUUUUUAAAAACCGACAGACGAGAUAUAAACUAAAAAUUUGGUGUAUUUUCUGAUAAAUUUCCUCUUCAGUUGGUGAAGAAAUAAAACAAGCAAAAUGCCCGAAGCUCGCAGUCCUAUGGCAGCUUUUGCUGAUGCCUUGUAUAAUGUAAUUGAUGGUCCAGUUACAUGGUUCAAAGAGAGCAUUGUUGAACCCAAUCAAAAGAAAUAUGCCUGGUAUCAUCAACAAUACCGCCGUGUACCCACCAUCGAUCAGUGCUAUACCGAUGAUGUUGUCUGCCGUUUCGAGGCUGAUCAACAAUUCCGUCGUGAUCGCAUGGUUGACAACGAUAUUGUACAAAUUUUGCGUCAACGUUUCGAGGACUGCACCUUGUAUGAGGCUCCCGACCACUUGGAAAAAUGCAAACCCGUUUUGGAGCAAUACGAAAAGGCUGCCGAAAAUUGGUUCAUUAAAUAUGGUGAUUUGGGUGCCUACACCAAUGCCAAAGCUGCCUACAUGAAACAAAAACAUCGCAUGAUCUGGGAACGUCGCCAUGGCCCCAUUGGCAGUGGCACCAAAAAAGUCAGUGAAGAGGAACAAGAACAUUGAGAGCUGCCAGUUCGAACCAUUUCACAGUGUACUCCCAAAAACACUUUUAGCUAAAUUAUUUCCUCUAACUUUCCACAAUAGCUAAGAAGAAAUCAAACAGAAAAUAUAACCAUAUACUGCUCCAUGGAAAUCUUCAAUGUUUAACAUUUUCGUAAAAGGGUGUGUUUUUUUCUAUGGAAAAUAUCACAAAAUCAGUAAAAAAAAACCGCAAUUAUUGUUAUUAGGAUAACAUAAACAAUUGAAUAAAAAGAAAUUAAAUUGUAAAAUUAA